UGUUGGACUUAAAUUUGGAUUAAAAUUUAAAAUUGUUUUUUUCAGUUGUAUGUUCUUCUUUACAAUAGAAUAUUUGGCGCGCUUUGCUGUAAUCCCUCAUAAAUGGCAUUUUGUUAGGCAGCCACUUAAUAUAAUUGAUUUACUAACUGUGGUGCCUUUUCUUGCAGAAGCUUGCCUUCCUCUAUUAGGAAUUUAUGAUGUUGAAUUACGCAAUUUUAGAGGAGCGCUUAUCGUAAUUCGUGUUCUAAGGCUAGCCCGUGUUGCUCGCAUUUUCAAACUCGCCCGUUACAGUAUUGGCCUUCGCGCAUUUGGCGAAACUAUGCGUCGUUCAGCAGCUGAACUUUCAAUGUUGGGAAUGUUUUUAUUAACUGGAAUAAUGUUGUUUUCUACUGCAAUUUAUUUUUUUGAAAGAGAUGAGCCAAAUAGUAAAUUUUAUUCAAUUCCUUCUGCCUGGUGGUGGUGUGUAGCUACGAUGACAACUGUCGGUUAUGGUGAUUUAGUUCCAGUCACAACAGGAGGAAAAGUUGUAGCAGCAGUAGCUUCAGUUUGUGGAAUUAUUGUUUUGGCCUUUCCAAUCUCAAUGAUUAUUGAUAAAUUUGCUGAAUCAACAGGUCAUGGAGGAGGUGGAGGAGUACCACAACAACAAGAACAACCAAUUUCUUUUACUUUGGCUGCUGAAGAUUUUAAUAGCAGACAUGUUUCUCCAUUUAAUACUGGAAAAGGAGGAGGAGGUUUUAAUCGAAGGGCAAGUCUUCAAGCUGGAAUUUUUUCUAGAGGUUUUAGUCGAAGACAAAGAAAAUCGAGAAGAUAUUUGUUUUGA